UCGUCAUGUAUUAGGAUAACAUAUCCGCCAUUAUUAUUGUUGUUUUUCAGAAGUCGACUACAUAAACAGAAUAACUGAGGAAAAUCAGUAGAAAAUGUCAUCCCCCAGCCCAGGAAAGCGGAGGAUGGAUACAGAUGUUGUAAAACUAAUUGAAAGUAAACAUGAGGUGACAAUCCUGGGCGGACUGAACGAGUUCAUCGUUAAAUUUCAUGGUCCACAGGGAACUCCGUAUGAAGGAGGAGUGUGGAAAGUCCGAGUAGAUCUGCCAGAGAAAUACCCAUUCAAGUCACCUUCUAUAGGUUUCAUGAAUAGGAUAUACCACCCCAACAUAGAUGAAGUAUCCGGUACAGUUUGCUUAGAUGUGAUAAACCAGGCAUGGACUGCUAUUUAUGAUCUGGCAAACAUUUUUGAGGCUUUCUUGCCACAGCUUCUGACAUAUCCUAAUCCAAUCGACCCGUUGAAUGGCGAUGCUGCAGCUAUGUAUCUCCACAAGCCUGAGGACUACAAAAAGAAAGUUUUAGAGUACGUGAAGAAGUAUGCCACGGAGGAAGCACUACGGGAGCAUGACGACCAGCAUAGCUCCUCCAGCGAGUCCAGUAUGAGUGACUUUUCUGAGGACGAGGCUCAGGACAUGGAACUAUAACCUCUGGUCAAUAUUGUGUACAUAUACCUCACUCCUCUCCCACAGCACUGGUCAUCAACUCAACCCACAGCACUGGUCAUCAAUUCAACGUUCGAAUCUGACGGGUUAAUAUCUGACUUUUCUCUUGGUGUUUACUUUGUAAAUUUAAGUACAUAUUCCACAACUCUCAGAUUCCAAAAUUUCUAAGAUUUUUUGGCGUUUGGAAUGGAAUAUUUAUAAAGAUUCUGUAUUUUGCUUAGAUUUUUAAUGCAGAAGUAUCAGAUAUCUUAGUUUUUGACCUAAAUUUAUUUUCAGUAUGAUAAUAUGAUAUAAAUCUAACUGGCUCCUAUUUUACUCAAAAUCUGGGAAUAUUUAAGUUUUGUAAUGCUAUCAAAGUUAAGAAGUUAACUUUAAACAAUAAUGUAUGUAAUGAAUCAUUUCUGACCACAAAUUCAAUUCAGUUGUCCUAAUGUCAUUGGAAUGGAUCACUGGAUAUGAAUUUUAUAUUUGUCUGAUGUUUUGAACAUCAAAGAGGGAAAAAUCUCUCGGAAUUCCCUGAAAUGUGCAAUUAAUUCUGAUAGUUGUAUAUUAGGUUCUGACUGUUAAUUGAGAUAAUACAAGUUUACAUCUGAUAUUGCCCCAGAAGGGAAGAAGAUGCUAAUACACUGUAGCUGUUUGAUAUUCUAAUUCAGUUUGAAAUCUGUGACCUGAGCAAUGCUGUGGUAUUGGGUUCAUUCAUUUUUGGGGUCAUUUUAUUGAGAAAAGAGAAAAGUAAUCAUGUUUUCAAUUGCCCUCUAUUACAUAGAGAAUGAAUGCAGAACAAAUGAUUUCUCUGCAAAAAGUUUGUGUUUGGAACUUUUUUCUGGAUUAUUGAUUGAAUGUAAGAAAAAAUUCUUUUUUUUUCUUGGUUUUUUUUUUUUUUUUUUUUUUUUUUUUAUUUUGGUGAGAAUGUAUUUUGUAUGUUUGAAGUGGAAAUGAUAUCGGUUUUUGGCCUUGUCUAUGUUGAUUGGUUGUGGUAGGAUGUCUGCUUUAGUCUCUUCUCCAGCUUUAGGAGUUCCCUUAGUUUGUUUAUGGACAUUUUAUGUGAUACUAGAUGCAAAGUAGUUCAGACAUUUUUCACCCAGGUAUCUUUAAAAUACUUCAUGAUGCUUUAUCUUUUUAACCCCUCCCCUUUUCUCCUUUCCUUUGGGGAGGAAUUUUAACUGUUCUGACAUGCACACAUUUCCACCGGGAAGUCCCAGUUUGAUCCCUGGAGGCCAUGACAAAUCUAAUACAUUUAGAAAUAGGUAGUGGCUGUUGGCUACACCAUGAACCUGGCAUUGCAUAGAAAUGAAAAAUGCAGUUCCUUCGGAUGAGACCUUGAAAACCCAAGUUCUUUGUCUUGGUAUGCAUUGGCAUGAUAAAGAAUCCUCACUGUGACAGUUGUGACUGCCUUGAGCAUUGUACAUACAUCUAGGUCCAAGUUUGUGGUGUUUCACAACAGCUUGUGAGAUGUGCGUAUCUUAUAUGGAUGAGAGAUAUAUUUUUCAGAAGAUUGAAAACCAAGUCUAUCAAUCUUCUCUCACAACACUUGGAGUGUAUGAAAAGUAUGAUUUAAUUAAGUAUAUAUUUAGUGAAUUAUUAAGCCAAAUCCUAACAUUCAUCUCUAAUGAAUUCAUCUCUAAUGUUGGUGUUCAGUGUAUGUUUUUGAUAUAUGUUUUCCCAGAUGACCCCUAGUUACCAUUGUUAACAUAUUAAUCACUGAGAGAUAGUGUUCAGUGAGAAAGUGGUCAGUUAUGUGUGUUCUGUGAAGAUGUGGAAAGUUAUGGGUAAACUAUGAAAAUUUGGUAAGUGAUGUGCGUUCUUUGAGGAUUUGGUAUUUUAGUUGUGAGUACUAUUUCCCUCAUGAGGAGUUGCUUUUUGCUGUUUUACUUGUGUAAUAUUUUAUUGUUUUAUGCCUGGCUCAAUGUAGGCUUCCUGUGGUCGUCAUACUGAAAACUUUAUGCUCUUGUACGUGGAAAAACUCUGACCUUAUGACAAUGUUUUAAUGUGAAAUCAGCCUAUUUUGGUGUUUUGUGAAGCAGGUAGCUUGAUAUUGUAGCCAUUGCGUUGUUACGUUUGAAAGUGAUACAUGUGGACAAGCUUCAUUUGGUAAACCUUUUGUGUAUUUGUACAUAAAAAAUUAUGUUCCUAUCAGAUUAAAUAGGAAAAGACACAUGUUCAUUUUGAAUGUCCUAAAAAUGUGAAAAUAGCCCUUUUUUACUUGCUAUCACUACAAAUGGAUUUGACAAAAUUAUGAUUUGUAAUAAUUAAAAGGAAACGUUAACUUGACUAAUUUAGAAGCCACAUUUCGUUUAGCUCGAUUCGUCAUUCCCAGGUCUGACCUUGAAGAACGUCCUUUUCUGAUGUACAUGUGAUUGUUUAGAAUGAUAGAUCAUAUAUAUAUAUAUCACAAGUAUAUGUAUUUAUUAUUUACAGAUAUGAAAUAAAGUAGAACAUUACAUAUA